AUGGCGGAGGGACAGUAUUCCUUCAGCCUGACCACGUUUUCGCCGAGCGGAAAGCUCGUGCAAAUUGAAUACGCGCUCAACCGCGUGCAGCAGGGCGCGCCCGCCCUCGGCAUCAAAGCCCGAAACGGCGUCGUCUUGGCCGCAGAAAAAAAACUUCCAACUCCUUUAAUUGACGCAAACACAAUUCCCAAAGUGGACUCCUUCACGCCUUCCGUCGGCUGCGUCUUCGCGGGCAUGCCCGCGGACUUCCGCGUCGUCCUCAAGAAAGGCCGCAAGGAAGCUGCUGCCUACGAACUCUACUACAAAACCCCCAUGCCGACGCAGCAGCUGGUCCAGAGCGUCGCCUCCGUCAUGCAGGAGUACACCCAGAGCGGCGGAGUCCGCCCCUUCGGCAUAUCUCUCUUAGUCGCGGGCUACGACGACUUCGGGCCGCAGCUGUACCAGGUGGAUCCCAGCGGGGCUUAUUUUGGGUGGAAGGCCUCGGCGAUAGGCCGGGACAUGCAGAACGCGAAGACCUUUUUGGAAAAAAGGUACAGCGAAGACAUCGAGCUGGAGGACGCAAUCCACACUGCGAUCUUGACGCUGCGGGAAGGCUUCGAGGGGGCCUUGAAUGAAAAGUCCAUCGAAAUUGGAAUUAUCGGGGAAGACCGAAAGUUCCGCGUCCUCACUCCCGCAGAAGUGAAGGACUACUUGAGUGAGGUCGAAGUCGGCACUGCCUGA